GCGGUCGUCACAAGUGCCGCGUCUGCGCCGCGUAGUGCCGUGUGAAAUGCAGUGAGUGGGACACACACAGAAAAACAUGAGGCUGUCACUGCACCUAGCGGUGGUGCUGCUGGCACUGCACCAGACCUGCUCCGAGCCGGACAUCUCCAGCUUCCCCAACCAGAACUACGCCGUCUUCGGCGCCCCCAUCCGAGCUGACCUGGACGAGGACGGCUACUUCUACCCCAAGCCGAAGAUACCCUUCCCCCAGCCGCAGCCGCAGAACCAGAACAAUGUCUACGUGCCGCAGCCGACACAAGGAUACGUCUACGAGAGGCCGACUAUCCCUUUCAACCCACCGACUAGGCCACCACCACCGCCCACUACAAGACCACCCCCACCACCAACAACUCGGCCACCACCUCCCCCCACAUAUUCCACACAGCUCCCAGUCUCCAGAACUACUGGCUACAGCUACCCUAAACCCAGCAUCCCAUUCACUUUCCCAACACCCCCCACAACCGCUCGCACUUUCCCUCCAUCUACCUAUUUACCCCCAACUACUAGGAGAACACCCCCUCCUUCAACUUACUUGCCCCCGGUAACCACCCCCCGCCCGACUCCACCUCCAACCACAAGACGUACACCACCACCCACACAAACAAGAACUACGGGCUACCAAUACCCUACCCCUAGUGUGACCUUCACUUACCCCACCACCAGGCGUACACCGCCAACGACAGCGAGAACUUUCCCUCCGUCUACUUACCUCCCACCUACCACUAGGAGGACACCACCUCCUACUUACCUACCGCCAGUGACUACUCCACGACCAACACCACCGCCUACCACUAGGAGAACACCACCUCCUACUUACCUACCCCCAGUCACUACAACAAGAAGAACACCACCCCCUACUUACCUACCACCAGUAACCACUCCACGCCCAACCCCACCACCAACCACAAGAAGAACUCCACCGCCCACCACUCGGCCACCGCCCACCAACCCCCCCACUUUCAGAACCACUGGUUACAACUAUCCCACACCAAGCGUAACCUUCACCUAUCCUACGACUAGGCGCCCUUUGCCCCCUUCUACAUACUUACCCCCCACAACUAGGAGACCACUGCCACCUUCCACCUAUCUACCUCCAGUAACAACACCCCGCCCAACCCCACCACCUACCACUAGACGACCGACUACCGCUUAUCUGCCCCCUGUAACCACCCCAAGACCUACCCCUCCUACAACUCGUAGAACCCCACCCCCAACCACAAGAGCACCCCCCACUUACUCCACAAUACUAUUUCCUACUAGAACCACAGGCUACAAUUACCCCACGCCAAGCGUCACCUUCACUUACCCAACCACAGCUAGAACAUUCCCCCCUUCCACUUAUCUACCUCCCACCACAACUAGGAGACCACUACCACCCUCCACUUACUUACCCCCAGUAACUACCCCCAGACCAACACCGCCCCCAACAACAAGGCCUCCUCCACCUCCCACUACCAGGCCCCCACCACCCCCACAACCAGAAGGCCACCCACAUACUCCACCCAACUACCCCAAACCAGAACUACAGGUUACAAUUACCCAACACCCAGCGUAACAUUUACUUACCCAACCCCAACAACCACUAGGCGAACUCCUCCAUCAACUUACCUUCCCCCCACCACUACUACUAGGAGACCACUUCCACCAUCUACCUACUUACCCCCAGUAACUACCCCUAGGCCUACACCUCCCCCGACAA